GCGGCCCGAGGCGGGCGCGAGCCGGGGCAGCGGGCGGCGGCGCGCGCCAUGUCGUUCAGUGAGAUGAACCGCAGGACGCUGGCGUUCCGAGGAGGCGGGCUGGUCACGGCCGGCGGCGGCUCCGCGAACAAUAACGCCGGCGGGGAGGCCUCGGCUUGGCCUCAGCAGCCCCCGCCGCGACAGCCCCCGCCGCCGGCGCCCCAGCAGCUCAAUGGGCGGGGGGCCGACGAGGAAGUGGAAUUGGAGGGCCUGGAGCCCCAGGACCCGGAGGCCUCCGCUGGGGCGGCCGCCGCCGAGGAAGCCAAGGAAUCGCUGCUCCCCCAGGACGCGGGCGGCCCCACCUCGCUGGGCGGCGGCGGCGUGGGGGGCCCCCUGCUCGCCGAGAGGAACCGUCGGACUCUGGCCUUCCGCGGCGGCGGCGGCGGCGGGGGUCUCGGCAACAAUGGCAGCAGCCGCGGCCGGCCCGACACCCCGGCGUGGCCCCUGAGGCAUUUCAAUGGGCGAGCGCCGGCGGCGGUGGAGCUGGAGCUGGACGCGCUGGAGGGGAAGGAGUUGCUGCCGGACGGCGCGUCCCUGAGCGACAGCACCGAGGACGAGGAGGAGGGGGCGAGCCCGGGCGACGGCAGCGGGGCGGAAGGCGGCAGCUGCAGCAGCAGCAGGCGGUCGGGCGGCGAUGGCGGGGACGAAGCGGAGGGCAGCGGCGCGGGAGCCGGCGAGGGCGAGACUGUCCAGCACUUCCCGCUCGCGCGGCCCAAGUCCCUGAUGCAGAAGCUCCAGUGCUCCUUCCAGACCGCCUGGCUCAAGGAUUUCCCCUGGCUGCGGUAUUCCCAGGACACGGGGCUCAUGUCGUGCGGCUGGUGCCAGAAGACCCCGGAGGACGGGGGAAGCGGGGACCUUCCUCCAGUGGGGCACGACGAGCUUUCGCGAGGGACGCGCAACUACAAGAAAACCUUGCUCCUGAGGCACCACGUCUCUACGGAGCACAAACUCCAUGAAGCCAACGCCCAGGAAUCAGAAAUACCAUCAGAAGAGGGGUACUGUGACUUUAAUAGUAGGCCAAAUGAGAACUCUUAUUGCUAUCAACUUCUUCGACAACUAAAUGAACAGAGAAAGAAAGGUAUUCUUUGUGAUGUCAGCAUUGUGGUGAGCGGAAAAAUCUUUAAAGCUCAUAAGAACAUCCUGGUUGCAGGCAGCCGUUUCUUUAAGACUUUAUAUUGCUUUUCAAACAAAGAAAGCCCUAACCAAAACAAUACUACCCAUUUAGAUAUUGCUGCAGUUCAAGGUUUUUCAGUCAUCUUGGACUUCCUGUAUUCUGGUAACCUGGUGCUCACAAGCCAAAAUGCCAUUGAAGUGAUGACAGUGGCCAGCUAUCUUCAGAUGAGUGAAGUUGUUCAAACUUGCCGAAAUUUCAUUAAAGAUGCCUUAAAUAUAAGCAUUAAAUCCGAAGCUCCAGAGUCUGUAGUCGUGGACUACAAUAAUAGAAAACCAGUCAAUAGAGACGGGCUGUCUUCAGCACGGGAUCAAAAAAUUGCCAGUUUUUGGGCAACACGGAAUCUUACCAAUUUGGCAAGUAAUGUAAAAAUUGAAAAUGAUGGUUGUAACGUCGACGAGGGCCAAAUAGAAAACUACCAAAUGAAUGACAGUAGUUGGGUCCAGGAUGGUUCACCUGAAUUGGCUGAAAAUGAAUCUCAAGGUCAAACAAAAGUGUUUAUCUGGAAUAAUAUGGGCUCCCAGGGAAUUCAAGAAACUGGCAAAACAAGGAGGAAAAACCAAACUACAAAAAGAUUUAUUUAUAAUAUACCACCUAAUAAUGAAACAAAUUUAGAAGAUUGCUCAGUGAUGCAACCACCUGCUGCCUAUCCAGAAGAAGAUCUGUCAUUCAUUAAGGAAGAACCAGAUCUGGACGGUGCUCUACUCUCAGGCCCAGACUGUGAUAGGAAUGUAAGCGCAAGUUUAUUGGCUGAAGCCAGCUCGGGUCAAGAUGGAGGUGAUGCUGGUACUUCACAUGAUUUCAAGUAUGGCCUGAUGCCUGGCCCUUCAAGUGAUUUCAAGUAUGGCUUGCUACCAGGUACUUCGAAUGAUUUCAAGUAUGGAUUGCUACCAGGUGCUUCAAACGAUUUCAAGUAUGGAUUAUUGCCUGAAUCUUGGCCAAAACAAGAGACUUGGGAAAAUGGUGAAUCAUCUCUAAACACGAACAAGUUAAAAUGCCCUCACUGUACCUAUGUAGCCAAAUACAGACGAACACUAAAAAGACAUUUGCUCAUCCAUACGGGAGUCAGAUCCUUUAGCUGUGAUAUUUGUGGAAAACUGUUUACUCGCAGAGAGCAUGUAAAAAGACAUUCCCUGGUGCAUAAAAAGGAUAAAAAAUACAAAUGUAUGGUGUGUAAGAAGAUCUUCAUGUUAGCAGCCAGUGUUGGAAUAAGACAUGGAUCUCGACGCUAUGGUGUCUGUGUAGACUGUGCAGAUAAGUCACAGCCAGGAGGGCAAGAAGGUGUAGAUCAGGGACAGGAUACAGCUUUCCCUCGGGACGAAGAGUAUGAGGAGAACGAAGUCGGAGAAGCUGAUGAAGAGCUGCCUGACGAUGGAGACGAUCAGAAUGACCCGUCUCGGUGGGAUGAAGCAGGAGAUGUGUGUAUGUCUCUAGACGACUAACUGACCUACUAUACUCCUCAUGGAUGCUGCAUUUGGACGUAAUAUGAAUCGACAAUUUGAAUUGUUGAACUCGAAGGCUUGCAAAAUAAUGGUACAUGCUGGAUGGUAGUUAUGUUGCUGUGAAAACUGUAGGGUCAAAGCCUUAUAGCAAAAAACAUUUUUUUUAUAUUUGCACAGGACUGUACAGCAAGCCACCUUGUGGUUGGAUUACAUGGAGUCCCCACAUCUUCAGUCAGUUAUCAAAGUAAAAAUAUUUUUUAUUUAUCAGAUAUACAGUAACUCUUUGGGUCCUAUAAAAGUAGAGUACCUGUCCUUACAGUGCUGACAUUCAUGUACCACUUGAACAUGAAUGAAGAAAUCCAUUUAUGAGAACACAGUGACAGCUGGCCCAAUUACUCUGUCCAUCAAACCACUCAGGCUAGUUUGUACUAGUAGAGUUUUGUUUCUAUUUUUAUUUUUAUUAAUUUUAUUUUUUUUAAUACAGAUUUUCAGUGAGGGGCCUUUUCAACCCCAUUGGUUGUACUUUUCUGUAUGUUCCAUUUUAAUUUGCUUCCUAAGUUAAACCAAGUCUCUUCUAGUCUUAGGUAUUAUUUCUCAGUUUUGUGCUGGUGGGCAUGUUUUAUAAGAACUGGAGAGGUAAUUUAUUGGAAUGAACUAACUGACUUCCUCCAUUCCCCCUUCCUUUUUGACAUGAAUUUGACUCCUUCACAAAUGAAGAAUGAUGUUGCAAAGUUACCGUGGCGAAGUUGACAAAUACCACUAAAUGAUUAUGAUUUAGAAGUAACUUUCUCCUGCUGCUCUAAUCUGAUAAAUGGUUACUAUAAGACGUUUUCUGACA